AUGGUCGAUGCCAAUGUCGACAACGAUAUUAGUCUAGCGAUGAUUUCCGUCAACGCAAGAUUUGGAGAUUCGAAAGCAGCCUUAGAACUAUACAACAGAUGGGGAGAUCGUCAUUUAUUCGUACCAGUUGACGUAAAACUCGCAUUAAUUGACUCUCUUCUUAAUUCAAAUGAUAUUAAAAUCGCUCUCCAAAUUUGCGACCACAUUUUACAGGACAAACAGACCACCAACCCUCAGCAAUGCGGCCAAUUACUCAAACUCCUCUCCGCACGCGAUCUUCAAUCAGAUGUCCUUCGAAUUCACGAAAUUCUUCGUCAAAACAUGGUUGCAGUUGACAGUGUUGGUGCGGAUUGUGUUGUUCUCGCUGCCAUCAGGAACACGAAGAAUAUUACCGAGGAAUUGGUCGAUUCCAUUGCAGAACUUCGUCCAACUCCAUCGGCCAUCGUUGCUUUUUCAAGAGCAUUGAAAUUACCAUUGAUUAAAAGAGUUCCAUGGGUUGCAAUGGUCAAAUCCACACGUGUUAUUCCUCUGCAAUCAGAUAGCAUUGACAUGCUCUCAUCGCUAAUUGCUUCUUCCAUGUAUGAUGCCGCUUUUCAGAUCUUUUCUCAUUGGGCGAAAUGCGGAUUAGAAGCGAAUGGAAGAUUAGUACAACUCGCUUUCAUUGCAAUGCAAGGUGAAUUGGAUUUCGAUAAUCUGAACAUGGUCUACAACUACGCGAGAGAAGCAGAAGUUCCAAUCUCCCCUGAGCUCGCUUCAAACUUUUUGUUGUCGGCCAUUGAAGUAGGAAACAUCGCUGUUGCAUUGUCAGUGAAAGAUGAAAUGGACGCUGACUCAGUUAAAUUGUGUGAUAUAUGCGUGUUUGAGGAGUCUUCCCUUCAAACACCACAAGAACAGCCAACAAGGCCUGUAAGAGUGAGAAGAAGAAGCUCAACUUGUCCGAAAAUGAGAAUGGCUCAAGAUGAUUAUAUUUACCAACAGUUCUUAGCUGAUGAUAAUGACUUUAUAUGA